CAAAGAUGGCGGAUUCCAUGGAGCGAGAAUUUGUCUCAGCCGUGGAGGACUGGCAGGAGUCGGGGGAAGAAGAGGGAGAAGAUGAAGAGGAAGGGAGCGAGAGCGAGUCGGAAGAGGACGACAGUGGGGAGAUCGAAGAGCCCAAGCUGAAGUACGAGCGGAUACGCAACACCUUGGAGGCAAUACUCAGCAAGGAUGCUGCGAGCUGCAUGGCAGUCCAUACCAAAUUCAUGGCUGUGGGAACGCACUGGGGAAUGGUCCAUGUAUUGGACCUGCAGGGCAACACCAUAGCAGGCAAAGAAUUUGCAAAGCACAGCACCACAGUCAAUCAGAUCAGUUUGGACAUGAACGGCGACUAUCUCUCCAGUUGUUCUGAUGAUGGACGGGUUGCGAUUACAGGCCUAUAUGAAGAUGAGUACAAUCAGGUCCAGUCAUUUGACUGUCCGGUCAAGUCUCUCGCCCUGGAUCCCAGGUUUUCCAAACCAAACAGCGGUAGGCAGUUUGUGACAGGCAGCGACAAGCUGACGCUACACGAGAAAGGCUUCUUCAACCGGAGCAAGUCCACUAUUCUCCACCAAGCCGAGGGGCCGAUCCGCAUCAUCAAGUGGAGGGGAUGUUUCAUCGCCUGGGCGAGUGACUUGGGAGUCAAGGUGUACGACCUUUCAUCCAAACGGCGCAUCACGUUCAUCAAGAAGGACCACGACGAGAAGCUGCGGCCAGAGAUCUACCCCUGUAAGCUGUGCUGGAAGGACAACAUCACGCUGAUCGUGGGCUGGGCUAACACCAUCAAGAUAUGUGUUGUUAAAGAGAGACGCCAACUCGAAGGGAAAGACAUGCCCAAUAGAUACGUAGAAAUUGUGAACUUGUUCACGACGGACUUCUACGUGUGUGGCCUGGCCCCUAUGCAGGAUAACCUAGUCGUCAUAGCGUACAUGAUGGAUGAAGCAGUUGAGGAGGAGGAUGGAGAAGACGAAGGAGCUCGCAGGCCGCAGCUGAAGAUUAUCACCCCGCUUCCUGAAGACUAUCACGUUGUGUCCUCCGAUGCCCUGUCUAUUCGGGGAUUCAAGGAGUACAGGCCCAGCGACUACCAUCUAGAGUAUUUGGAGGGGGAGGGUGUAUUUUACAUCGUCAGCCCCAAGGACAUCGUUCUGGCCAGAAAGCGAGACAUGGAUGAUCACAUUGCAUGGCUCAUGGAAAACGAGAUGUUUGAAGAAGCGCUGGCCGAGACCAAAGCCCAUGCCAAGACACUUCAGAGACACAAGGUACUAGACGUAGGCAGGGCUUACCUGAACCAUCUGAUCGCGGGAGGGGAGUUUGACAAGGCAGCCAGCAUGUGUGAACCAAUCCUGGGCAAGCACAAGGAGCUCUGGGAGCAGGAGGUGUUCCACUUUGCCAAGCUGCACCGCCUGAAGGCCAUCAGCCCCUACAUCCCAAGGGGGGACCUGAGGCUCAGCAAGGCCAUCUACGAGAUGAUACUCAACGACUUCCUGCAGACAGACCUAGAGGGUUUCCAUCAACUCAUCAAGCUGUGGCCCACCGACCUCUAUGACCUCAUGACCCUGGUGUGCGCGGUGCAGGACCGGCUGCUACGCGAUCCCGAUAACCGCAUUCUCAUGCAGACGCUGGGGGAACUCUACUCUUACGAUCAGCGAUACGACAAGGCACUUGCAAUCUAUCUCAAGCUAGGCCACAAGGACGUCUUUCCCCUCAUCCAUCGCCACAACCUCUUUGAUUCCAUCCAGGACAAGAUUGUCAUGCUCAUGGAGUUUGACAAGGAGAAGGCCGUCGAUCUGCUCAUGGAGAACGUCAACAAAGUGCCAGUGAAAAAAGUAGUGAAGCAACUGGAAGAACGCCCGGAGCUUUUGUUUCAUUACCUGCAUGCCCUGUUCCAGCGGCAUCCGAACCUCAGCCAGGACUUCCAGGCCCGGCUGGUCCCCCUGUACGCGGAGUUUGCCCGGGGGGAGCUCCUGCCCUUCCUGCGGCGCAGCCGGCACUGCCCGAUGGAGGUGGCCCUGGCCAUCUGCGAGCAGCGGCAGUUCAUCCCCGAGAUGGUCUUCCUGCUAGGUCGCAUGGGCAACACGACCCAAGCCCUGAAGUUGAUCAUAGAGGAAAUGGGGGACGUGGACAAAGCCAUUGAGUUUGCUAAGGAGCAUGAUGACACGUGCUUGUGGGAUGAACUGAUUGACGCCUCCAUGGAUAAACCUUCAUUCAUCACGGGACUCCUGAACAACAUCGGAACCCACGUUGACCCCAUAAUUCUGAUCAAACGCAUCAAGGAGGGCAUGGAGAUUCCCGGCCUGCGGGAUUCCCUGGUCAAGAUUCUCCAGGACUACAACUUGCAGAUCUCCCUGCGAGAGGGCUGCAAGAAAAUUCUGGUGUCGGACUGCUUUGCCUUGCUGGACAGGCUCAACAGGAUACAGAAACGAGGAAUCCAAAUCGAAGAGGAUCACCACUGUGAUAGUUGCCACAAUCCAAUCCUGGCAGGCGAGUCCCAGCCCAGCGUGAUCGUCUUCUACUGCCAUCACGUCUUCCACGAAGAAUGCCUCAUAGCCCAAAACACGGAACAUUGCAUGAUAUGUCAUUCACAGCGCAAGGGACCAGGCAGCUCCGUGGCCGCAUUCAGAUGAUGCCAGGUACCAGCCUGACGUUGGCGUGGGGGGAGGGGUGUCAUCUGGACCACCGAGGUUGCUUUUGUAACAGCCAGUCAGCGGUUUUGCCCCCUUGGCAGUAUCCAUUAGAGAUUAGACAAGGUUGUUCAUGUAAAAUUACUAAUUACGUGAAUUGAUAGAAAGAAGCCCCAUCUUGGAGUGUGUCCUUCGAAAUUUUGCCACUCGCCUUCCAGCAAACUGUCUUGUUUUGUCAAGGUCCUUUUUUUCACCAGGGGGGAAGGUUGGGGGCAAACCGUUCGUAGCAGAAAGGGGUCAAUUCCGAGGUAGUUUCAAGCAAAUUGGUGUUUUAGUCACCUCCCUGCCCCCCUUCCCUUAAAUAUUUUCCUGGGGCCCAAGCCACCACCUUGCGACACCCAUGUCGGGGACACUUCCCCCAGCUAACAUGCACCGAUGUGAAACUGAAUCCUUUCUCAUAUCCUCUCAAUGCAAAUAUGGGCUUUUUAGUCAACGGAAUCAUGUAGACCAUUUAAGGACGAAUCAAGGUACAUUUUCAAGCAUUCUGCUCUUCAAUGUCAUCAUCCAAAUGUGUAUGGAAAAAAAUGACAUAUUCUUAUGAUUCUGUCGGCCGUAACAAUUGAAGUUUCCCUCAAAAAUCCACCACUCAAUAAGUAGUGUUACCAACUUGAUUACAGCACAAAUGAGAGCUUGCUAUGAACUCAGCUAACUGGCCAUAAAUUGAUGUGUUAAACUCAAGCAUGCGCAUAGCUUUCCACACAUUAGAAACAAAGUCACAUAUUCACUUGAAAUAUGUGUGGGAAAAAUUUAUUUGUUCGUAACACUUUGCUUGCAAAGACACUUUUUCAUAUAUAUAUAUAAGUUGUAAGAAUUCUUCAUAUGUUUUGCAUUAUAUUCAUUUGUAAAGUAAACUGUGCAUAAAAAACACGAAAACUGAUCUUGUAAAAACUUGCCACAAAUGACUAGUGAUUACAUACAGCUAUAUAAACAACGGAAAUAAAGUUGUCUCUGUAACACA